AUGGGUAUUAUUUUAUCUAGCCAGUCGAAAGAGGAAAAGAAAAUCAAUAAAAUAAUUGUGUAAACCCCCAUUUUUAUUAUAUUACUAGAAAUCAAAACCUAGACCCUCAAGCUGGAAACUAUUUCCAAUAAAGUAAAACAUCAGAAUAUGAAUGUUAUAUUUGGGAUUCGAAUUAAAAGAGGUUAUUGAAGAUUAAAUUUCGAAUAUCAACUACAAAUGAACUCUAAAGGUACACUUUAGACGGAGAAAUUCUUAAAAUGUAAAGAUAUAACAAAAUAUUAGAGUUUAAAAUAAAAAUUCUUCAUUAAAAUUGGAUUUGUUGACUAAUUUAGAGUAGAUCAAAUAUCUUGAAUGUUCUGAGAAUUAAUAAGGAAAUUAUAUGGAAGUUAGGAAAUUAACUAUGUAUUGGGGAGGAGAACAAUUAUAAUAAUCUGGGGGGUUUUACUCAAAGGAUGGGUUGAAGUAGGGUUUAUGGAAUUAAUUAAUUAAAAAAUAUUCAAGGUAAUAUCCACUGACUUCUAACUAGUCAAGCCCAAGUAUGCGAAAAAGGAGAAUAUUUUAAUGAUCAAAAAUUUGGUUUAUGGACAUACAUAGAUUAAAAUUAAAUGAUGUAUAUUAUCCAAUAAUUAUUUUGUGGUGGUGGAUUGUACAGUUCAGAUUUUUAGAAAAAUGGUAAAUGGGUUGAGCUGAGCGAGACUUUUUGGAAUUAAUCCUAAGUUACUUAUAAUGGUGAGUAUAAGAGUGGAAAAAAAGUUAAUAAAUGGGAUACAAUGAUUAAUGGAAAAUAGAUGUAAGUAAAUCAGAAUGAAUUAAUAAUAAAUAGUAUUGGUGGAGGGUUUUACAGUAUUUCAGGUUCGAUUAAAAUUGGAAAAUGGAUUGAGGUGAGUGAGGGAUUUUGGGAGAAAUCUUAAAUCACAUAUGUUGGUGAAUAUUAAAAUGGAAAAAAAGUUGGUAGAUGGGAUAUUUUUUAUAAAUAGAACUAUGGAAAUUAUACAAAUGAAUUAGUGUAUCAAAUUUAGAAAGUACAAUUUUAGUGGUGGUGGCUCUUACUAUGAUGAUGACAAUCAGGAAGGUGUUAGUAUUAAGAUUGGAAAAUGGAUUGAAUUGAGUGAUGGGUUUUAAGAAAAGUCUUAUGUUUUUCUUGUUGGUUAAUAUAAACAGGGAGAAAAAGUUGGUAUAUGGGACAUUUUUCAUUAGUAGAAUAAUAAGAACGAAUUAAUGUAAUUUUUAAUUAUGAAUUAAAAAAAUUUUAGCGGUGGCGGCUUGUAUGGAGAUAUUGAAAAUUAAGAAGGUAUUGGUAUUAAAAUUGGAAAAUGGGUUGAAUUGAGUGAUGGAUUUUGGGAAAAGUAGUAAAUAAUUUAUGAGGGUUAAUACAAAAAUGGAAAUAAAAUUGGUAGAUGGAAUAUUUUGGAUUCUAGAAGAUAAAUGUAAAACGAUAAUACAAUUUUGCGUUAUUUAUAGCAUAGGUGGAGGGCAAUAUGAUGAUACAUUUUCAUUUAAGUGUGGGAAAUGGAUUGAAUUAAAUGAGAGAUUUUCUUGGGCUUCAUAAGUCACUAGUUAUGGAGAAUAUAAAAAUAAUAAUAAAGUUGGCAGAUGGGAUAUAGUGGCUUGGGGUAAAUAGAUGUAAUGUUAAUAAAUUAUUAAGUUAUCAAUAGUGGCGGUGGAUCGUAUUAGUAUGAUGAAAACUUAGAAUGUGAGACUCUUAAAAUUGGAAGGUGGAAUGAAUUGAGCGAAGUGUAUGGGUUAUAUUCAUACGUCACUAACAAUGGCGAAUAUAAAGAUGGUAAAAAAAUUGGUAGAUGGGACAUUUUGUGGAGAGAGGACGAGAAAAAACCAUUUCAAUAAAUGUAAAAAUUUCUUAUCAUGUAAUUUAGAGGAGGUGGAACUUAUGAUUAAGUAACCAAGUUAGGAAGUUCUGUAAAGAAUGGUAAGUGGAUUGAGUUAAGAGAUGGAUUUCGAAAGUAUUCCUAAGUCACUUUCAUUGGUGAAUAUAGAUAUGGAAAAAAAGUUGGAAUAUGGGAAGAGAUAGAAUUAAGGUGUAACAAAAAUAUUAAAUCGAUAAAUUAUAAUAAUUGA